UAUCUUUCUGUGACCCCACGAUUAUCUGCCAGAUGCUGGCAGCCGAAAUCUAGAUACCUUAUUCCCUGAACUUAAACAGGGAACUUUUAUUUUCUUUAUUUGAAAUAGCAAAGAAAAGCGGUACUCCCACCAUUUCCACAAACUCGUCCUUUGGCUUGCCAGCACUGGCCCACCUGCCCAGCCUUACAGUUAUCACUGUAAUGCGUGUUUGCUCACAGCCUCAUCAAGUCAGCCAUCAAGAUGGACGUAUUCUUAAGGAAUCUUCCCGCUGAUAUCAAUAAUGGCAUGCUGAAGAAGACUCUCAGUCCCUUCGUCAGUGACCUUGGCAUCGGAGACUGGGCCUGUAACAAGCAACGGAACAAGACAUUCGGCACGGUCCAGUUUCUACACGUUUUGGAUGGUGAGAAGUUUCUUCGACAGCAUGGCGAAAUACAGACAGGCCUUUUCAACCACAAAGGACUGCCGCGAACGCGCGCACGAUUGACUGUUAUGGGUCAGCUGGUCUACUGUCGAAAGUCAAAUCAAGAAGCUGAUCCAUUCAUGAUCAAAACUCUCGAGAAGGAUGUCCAUGAUCGCAAGCUGCACGAGACUUUGCCUGAAGCGGCGCAGCAACUUGACGUGGUCUUCGGCGCAGCCCAGCUGUCCUGUGGUUAUUAUGACUACAACCAAGUAGGCCAACUGACUUUCUCACCAGAGGUGCAAUGGCCCCUUGAAUUCGGUUUAGCCAAGUUUUCCAGAGACCGACUCAUAGUCAGAUUCCAUUCGGAUGACUUGCACAGCAUCAGAGUUGAGAUGCCUUACCGCGCCGUUGAUGCCAUAUUGACAUCGACUAAUCCGACUUCCUUGACACUGACACUUUGGGAACCUCCUCGGAUUUUUCAGGUUGAGAAUUCCGACCUUUCCAGAGCUAUGAGAGGCUUGCGGAUCCACGGGCCUAUUGCACCGUCUCGAAGUCGGCUCGUGGAGAUCCCCCAUGGCAAUCGGAAUCAUGGAGACAUCAUCGGCCAAUGCUUGGUAUACCAAAUCCAGGCUUAUCCCGAAGAGUUUCUAUCCAAGGUCAAGAAGUUGCGUGAUAGCGAUCUUUUGACGUUGUCCCCCUACAACUUUCCUUCAAGACCUUUGGCCAACCAUACAUUUGCCGUAGGGUUGAAGACCUUCCGCAAUACCAUUCAGCAGCUCGUCACUUUGGUAAAAUUCGAAGUUCUGUUCCAGGUUCAGGCGCUUGUACAGAACGGUUACCUCCUGCCUUGGACAGCUCAGAAACUCCUCAUACGACUGUACAAGGAGUCGGCAAAGAACAAACCUACGGAGCGCAACGGCAAUGUCAGCGGCACAAUGACACAUCCAUCCAUUUCUGGACUGGCCAUCAAGAAGCUAUUCUCUACAAUUCCCUUUCCGGCACCUGAGAUCGAGUCUUCGACUUUCACGGUCGACGAUAUAAUGCAUUGCCUUGAAGAAUACGAGUCUGAGAUCCGCCUGGGACUCUCAGCUGAGUUGAUUUCUGAGAGAGCCAAGAAUAACCUCACGAUGAUUUACAAGAUUCAAGUUACACCAGCUUCUGUCAGUCUCCACGGCCCCGAACCGGACACGAAGAACCGUGUUUUGCGAAAGUUUGAGGAUAACAGCGAUUAUUUUGUCCGUGUCCAGUUCUGUGACGAAGAUGGUCAGGAUAUACAAUUUAAUGUGAAGGUCUCUAACGAGAUCGUGUACAAUCGCUUUCAGAGUCUGCUCGAUAAUGGCACCCAGGUUGGUGGUAGAAAGUACGAUUUCCUCGGAUUCUCCCAUUCAUCACUCCGGGCUCAUUCGGCCUGGCUCAUGGCACCAUUCAUACACAACCAGAGUAUGCAAACGUAUUUCAACGUCAUCGAUAUGUUAGGAGAUUUCAACAAAAUACAUUCUCCUGCUCGCUGUGCCGCCAGGAUCGGACAGGCGUUCUCCGAGACCCCGUUUGCUAUUUCAUUAAAAGAGCAUGGAAUCGAUAACCACGACACCACGGACAUUUACUCCAAGGAUGGUCGGCGCAACUUCACUGAUGGAGUGGGUUGGGUCUCCCAGGAGGUUGUGGAUGCCAUUCAAGCCGCAUUGCCACAAAAGAAAGAAGCAACCUGCUUCCAAAUCCGUUGGGGUGGCGCGAAGGGCAUGCUAGCCUUGGAUGCUCGGAAGACUGGCAAUGUCUUUGCUGUUCGUCCUUCCAUGGUAAAGUUUAGUAGCGACGCCAUUGAUAACCUGGAGAUCUGCGACUUGGCGAGCAAGCCUAUUCCCCUAGUCUUAAACCGUCAAAUGAUCAAGAUCCUAGAAGAUAUGGCUGUCCCGAAUGAUUGGUUUUUCCAGGAACAGGACAAGGAAGUGAACCGCUUGCGCCGGAUUACAGCGACCACGUUCAACACUGUUGCCUUUCUCAAGCGACAGAAGAUUGCAGAUCAGCUUGGACUGCCGCGAUUGAUUCGUCGCCUGGAUCAGCUUGAAAUUGACUACAAGAACGAUCGAUUUCUACGCUCUGUGGUUGAGGCAGUCAUUUUACGUGAGUUGCGUUUGCUCAAGCACAAAGCCAGGAUUCCCAUCGAGCAAGGGGUAACUCUGUUCGGCGUUGUCGACGAGACAGGGUUUCUCGAAGAAGGCGAGGUCUACAUCACCUUCGACCUGACAGACCUCAUUGAUACGGACUUUCUCUCACUGGAAGAAAAGGAGUUGAUUGUCACUAGAUCUCCUGCUUUGCACCCUGGAGAUAUCCAAUUAGCCACUAACAAGAUACCUCCUGCCGGUCAUUCGCUACGUAUGCUGAAGAACUGUAUCGUGUUCUCGCAGAAGGGCAGCAGAGACCUACCUUCACAGCUCAGUGGAGGCGACCUUGAUGGCGAUAUAUACCACGUGAUCUGGGAUGAAUAUGCCGUUUCCAAGUGCGGGCGAGUGUUUGCACCUGCAGAUUAUCCACGUGUCGAAGCCAGGGAGAUCGAUAGACAAGUAGAGAAGAAGGAUAUGACAGAGUUCUUUAUCGAGUUCAUGAAAAAUGACAAUCUUAGCUUGAUUGCCACGAGACACAUGAUCUUGGCCGACCAACGGCCCGCAGGAACUUUCGACGAAGAUUGCAAAAAGCUUGCACAACUGCAUUCGACAAGUGUUGAUUACUCAAAAUCAGGCGUUCCGGUUGAUUCGGAUACGCUCAGAGCCAUUAAACCCCCUCGCUAUCGACCCGACUUCCUCGCACCAGCCCCUCCUACUCACUUGAAGAAGGGAACCGAUAUCAUAUUUGAUGCUCCCACAAGACCAGCCGCAGACAAUGAUGACGAUGAAGAAGAAGAUUCAGGUCCUAGACAUCGCUACUACAAGUCAGAGAAAAUUCUUGGACAGCUGUAUCGUGCCAUUGACGAGAGCAAGAUCUGGAGUGACAACGUCCGUAUCAGCCGUAAGAAGGUUGACGAGUCCAGAGUAUGGGACUCAUUAAUGUCGCAUGUGGCAGAGCAAUGCGAACAGAAGCUUGGUGGUGUGGCCUGGACCGGUUGCCUCGAUGAAGCCCGGGACAUUCGUCGAACCUACGAAGAUGCUAUUUGUACAGCCUGUAUUGAUUACUCCGAAGAUGCCCACCGCUGCAUCACAGAGCUCGAAAUCUUCACGGGCAACAUCUUCAAUAAGUCGGGUGUACAAACCCGAAGACAGCGGGAUCGAUCUCUUAAGCUGAAGGAUCAUUUUGAUUGUAUUGCUACCUGGAUCGAAGGAUUGAUUCGAAAGCGUCCGAUAGCCGGUAUCUCUGAUGAGCAGAACGGCAAGUAUGGCAGUACCACUACUGAUGGUUCGAAGUCGACUUCCCUUCAGCUCAGCAUCGCGAGCCUUCAUGUCGGCUGUAUUCGAGAGCAAGGCCGCACAAACGGUGGAUGGGGCAAAAAGUCCGGUGGUGAGGACAAUCUUAGUUUCAAGAUUGUCGCAGCGUGCUGCGUGGUGAAAGAGCUUGACAUUGCAAUCAAGCAGGCAGAGAUCAAGGGUGGUGGUCAUGUUGGCACCAGCGACGGUUUAUGAUGAGAUGGCAUGUUAGCCACCGGGUCAUGGAUCAGGGAGGCAUUGUAAUGACAGGAGUGAGUCGUGUUAUUUUGUUCCAGCAAAGGGCGUCUCAAGGGGGGGAUAUAACUGUUUGCUUUUGCUUAUCUUGCACGAUAUUGUACUUUCUUCAGGAGUCGGACUUUUGCUUGGGUUGUCCACGGAACUCAUGUAUAUGUACCUGACCAUGGAAUGGUCGAACCAG